CUCAGCUCGAGCGUUACUAUACGCUCCGAGUCACCAGGAUCGAUUGCUUGCAUGCUUCGUGUGCUGACUCGCUUUCAGCACCUACAAUCGCGGCGUAUAUCUUCGCUUCGGGUUCCGACUUGUCAGGCCUCCAAACUUCGCUUGCAUUCGACCAUGGCGCAGCCAGUCGCGUCUACCUCGCAGCCUGCGCAACUGCCCGCCCUAGAAGGGCCUCAUCUGGGCCAAAAUGAGGGCAAGAAACCUAAAGACAAGAAGGAGAAAGCAGCGGCAGCGGGUGGGCAGCCAUUGGAGCUGAACCCGCGGCCAGCGUACUUCGAUCACCGCAUAAAGAUGUUCGACCAGUUGAAGUCGGAACAUGAUGAGUGGGUCAAAGCACAAGCGCGUCAAGAAAUCGAGAUCACAAUGCCCGACGGCUCGAAGCGUAAGGGCACGAGUUGGGAAACGAGCCCCAUGGACAUCGCGAAGGAGAUUUCUAAAGGUCUCGCGGAUCGCGUCGUGAUUGCGAAGGUGAACGGCGACGUGUGGGAUCUGGAGCGGCCGCUGGAGGGCUCGUGCACGCUCGAGUUGCUCGACUUCGAGCACCCGGAAGGCAAACGCGUCUUCUGGCACUCGUCUGCGCACGUCCUGGGCGAGGCGGCAGAGCGUCACUACGGCUGCCACCUGUGCAUCGGCCCCCCGACGGACGAUGGCUUCUUCUAUGAGAUGGCGAUGGAAGACAGGGCUGUGCAGAACUCGGACUACCCUGCGCUAGAGAAACUGUCAGACAUGGCCGUGAAGGAGAAGCAGAAGUUUGAGCGGAUCCUAGUCUCGAAGGAGAAGCUGCUAGAGAUGUUCGGGUACAACAAAUACAAGAAGCAUCUCAUCGAGACGAAGAUCCCCGACGGCGGAGCGACGACGGUGUACCGCUGCGGACCGAUGAUCGAUCUCUGCGUGGGCCCUCACAUCCCACACACGGGCAAGAUCAAGGCGUUCAUGGUGACCAAGAACUCGGCAUCGUACUUCCUCGGUGACCCGAACAAUGACUCGCUGCAGCGGGUCUACGGAAUCUCGUUCCCGGACAAGAAGCAGAUGGCCGAGUACAAGGUGUUCCUCGCCGAGGCCGCGCGGAGAGACCACCGCAAGAUUGGCAAGGAGCAGGAGCUGUUCUUCUUCAACGACCUGAGCCCGGGCAGCAGCUUCUUUUUGCCCCACGGCACGCGCAUCUACAACACGCUCUUGGAGCUCAUGCGAUCCGAAUACUUCAAGCGCGGCUACCAGGAGGUCAUCUCGCCGAACAUGUACAACUCAAAGUUGUGGGAGACGUCCGGCCACUGGCAAAACUACAAGGAUGACAUGUUUACAUUGUCCGUGGAGAAGGAGCAGUGGGCGCUGAAGCCGAUGAACUGCCCCGGGCACUGUCUCAUCUUCGACAGCCGCGACCGGAGCUACAAGGAGUUGCCGAUCCGCAUGGCGGAGUUCGGUAUCAUCCACCGUAACGAAGCGAGCGGUGCCCUGAGUGGCCUGACCCGUGUGCGGAGGUUCGUGCAGGAUGAUACACACAUCUUCUGCAUGCCUUCUCAGAUCGAAGACGAGAUUGGACUGCUCUUCGAUUUCCUGCAGCAUAUUUACGGCCUAUUUGGCUUCGAGUUCAAGCUUGAGCUCUCCACUCGCCCCGAGAACUACCUCGGAACGAUCGAGACGUGGAACGAGGCUGAGGCGCAAUUGAAGCGAGCCCUCGACAAGCAGUACCCCGGCAAGUGGGACAUCAACCCGGGCGACGGCGCGUUCUACGGACCGAAGAUCGACAUCACGAUCAGCGACGCGCUCCGGCGGUCGUUCCAAUGCGCGACAAUCCAGCUUGACUUCCAGCUCCCCGAACGCUUCAACCUGAAGUACCGUUCCGCGGACGACGCCUCGGGCGACAAGCCCCCCAGUCGGCCUGUCAUCAUUCACCGAGCGAUCUUGGGCAGUCUGGAGCGGUUCAUCGCUAUCAUCACCGAACAUUUUGCUGGGAAGUGGCCAUUUUGGUUGUCACCCCGGCAAGUAUUGGUCGUGCCGGUCGCGAAUCCCUUCAAAGACUACGCUGCUGAGAUCGCGCAGAAGCUCAACGACCUAGGCGUCUUCGCCGACGUCGACAACGGUGAUAACACUUUGCCCAAGAAAAUCCGCAACGGCGAGAUUGCACAGUACAACUUCAUCCUUGUCGUUGGACAGGCCGAGCUCGAAACGCGCUCCGUGAACGUCCGCAACCGGGACAACGUUGGGACGAAAGGCAGGGAUGAGACCGUUCCGUUGGACGAUAUCAUUCAAAAGCUCGUCACGCUGAAGACGAGCAGGAGUUUGGAGAAUAAGCUUGUUUGAGGCGCAGGUAGAGGACGUUGUGUUGCUGGCUGUCCCUGCUUUGAGUGAAAGACGACGCUGCUGUAUUCAUGACG